GAGUGGAGACGAUGGUGUACGUACAAAAGAUUCCAGACGAUAAAGACCAAUUUGAUUUGUCGUUUUUAUUCAUUCCAUUUAAAAAAAGAAACAAAAACAAGAUUACUAAACGCCUACUCUCUCACCCAUUUCUCAUUUUCUUUUCAAGAAGACCAAAAAAAAAAAAAAAAUCAAGAAUCUCUCCGAUCAUCAACCUAAUGGAGAGUACAGAUUCCUCCGGUGGUGGUCUUCCUCCGCCGCCGCAGCCAAACCUUCCUCCCGGCUUCAGGUUUCACCCCACCGACGAAGAACUCGUAAUCCACUACCUCAAACGCAAAGCUGAUUCUGUUCCUCUCCCUGUCUCCAUCAUCGCCGACGUCGAUCUUUACAAAUUCGAUCCAUGGGAACUUCCCGCGAAAGCUUCGUUUGGUGAACAAGAAUGGUAUUUUUUCAGUCCACGUGAUCGGAAAUAUCCAAACGGCGCUAGACCUAACCGAGCCGCGACUUCCGGUUAUUGGAAAGCCACCGGUACAGAUAAACCGGUGAUUUCAACCGGCGGUGGAGUGAAUAAAAAAGUCGGAGUUAAAAAAGCUCUAGUGUUUUACAGUGGUAAACCACCUAAAGGAGUUAAAUCAGACUGGAUCAUGCAUGAGUAUCGAUUAACUGAUAAUAAACCUAAUCAUAUCUGUGACUUCGGCAACAAGAAAAACUCUCUCCGGCUUGAUGAUUGGGUGUUGUGUCGCAUCUACAAGAAAAACAAUAGCACAACAACAUCUCGACAUCAUCAUCAUCAUAAUCAUUAUUAUUUAGAUCAUAAUGAUAAAGAUCAUCGUUAUGAUAUGAUGAUGAUUGAUGAUGAUCGCUUCCGUCAUGUUCCUCCUAGUCUUCACUUCCCAGCGAUUUUUUCUGAUAACAAUGAUCCGACGGCUAUAUAUGAUGGAGGCGGCGGCGGAAACUACUCGAUGAAUCAUAACAACUUCGCGUCUGGAUCGAAGCAGGAACAGUUAUUUCCACCGGUGAUGAUGAUGACGAGUCUAAAUCAAGAUUCAGGUAUUGGACCGUCGACGUCGUCGUCACCUAGCAAGAGAUUUAACGGUGGAGAUUGUUCGAAUAUCGUCUCUUCAAUGGCGGCAACGACGACGCCACUAAUGCAGAAUCAAGGUGGGAUUUACCAAUUGCCUGGUUUGAUGAAUUGGUACUCUUGAAGAAACAGAAAAAAACCAAAACAAAAUUCGAUUUUUAUAUUUUGAAAAAUUUGUGUAUAAGGUUUGAGUAAUGUUAGGGGGCAUUGGGGUUAUUUUUAAUUACGGUUGAUUUAUUACUUUAUACGGUUAAAAUAGAUUGGAGAAGUGAGGCAAACAUAUAGAAAAUUACAAUGAUAGGUCAAAUGUUUUUUUAUUUCUUCUUUAUAAAUGUUAUUAUUCACUUAAUGUAUAGGUGUUUGCAGAUUGUUGUAUAAACUGAGAGGCAUAUAUAAAAAAACAUAUUAACAGUUGUAGAAACUUAUUUGUA